AUGUUUGACAGCUCGAGGGGAGCCGAGGCGUGCUCUGGCACCACACCCAGGAAAUGCCAAGACCUAGGAUACUCAAUUCUUCUGAUCCUGGUCAGCAUCAUCUUGCUCAACGUGUGGAUCAACGUGGUGGCUCUGGUCCAGGCACCCUCCCCAGCCCUCAACCCUGAGCACAGCCCUGCCCAGGUCCAUAGCCUUGAGCACACCUCAGCCCAUACCCCAGCCCAGGCCCAAGCCCAGGCCCCCAGUCCCUGGGCCACACUUCUCUCUGCACUGACCCAUGCUCAUCUGACCUAUACCCAUGCCAACACUCUGGUCCCUCCUCCAACUUCUGCCCCUGCUACUACUCCUGCCCUAGCCCCUACACCAGCCCCUGUCCCGAUCUCUGCCACAACCUCUGUCCCAGCACUGGUCAUGGCCCUGACGUACCCUCCAGUCCCUUCCACCACCCAUACCCCCAUCCUAGAUUCUAUUCCCUCUACCUUGGCUGCCUUCAGCCAGGGCCUCUCCUCCGGGCAUGUGGUCUACUAUGCCCGCAGCAUAAAGCAGAACUUAUUCCAUGUGUGUCCCCCUCAGAACUCUGGGUUCUCCAGAAAUGAGUUGGGUACCCUAACCAGGCCCCAAGAGGGGCAUGGUCUGGUGAGCUCUGGUACAGCUGAGCAAACACUGAAGCAAUGUAGUGGGGACAGUGCCAAGUCCUCCACAGGGUCCAUACUGGGUUACAUGGAGUUGGGGACUAUGGAAUGGAAGAUCUCAAAUGAUGCCAAAGACAAAUUUGUACAGUCCAAGACCUUCACUUACUGUAGCUUCCAUCCUUGCAGGUCUGAGAAGAGAAACACGGAUCCCCAGACUCCAGUCUGCCCCAAAUUCCUGGUGUACUCCAAGGAUGCUGCACCUUCUCAACCUUGCUUCCGUUCUCUGACCAGUGCCCAGAGCUCACCAUGCACCAUGCCUCCACCAUGCACUCUUUCUCUGCCUCUUGUUCCCAGAUCCUUUGUCCUUCAUCAACACAGCAACCACCAGAAGCCCUCCGCCUUAAUACAAACCCUCACCUUUCCCCCAACCUCCAAGUCUCCUCAGUCUGUCCUCUCUCCCCAGGGCCCCAUCCCUCCCCAGUUAUCCACUACUUCUCAAACCCCAAACAAGCCCCAAACCCAUGAACUUCAUGAGAGUCUAGGCCUCAACCAAGGUUCUGUCCUCCAAAGGACCCCAGGAGCUUCUAAAGGCUGUAGAGUCUCUAGAAAUGCAGGCCUUACUCCAAAUCUGGGCUUCCACAAGAACCAGGGCCUUACCGGAGACACAGCCCUCCCCACGAACCCAGGCCUUGCUCAAGAUCCAGGCCUCCACGAACUUUGAUGCCUUACCGAAGACCUUUACCUCUUCAAGAAUUCAAGCCUUUCCCAAGACUGUGACCUUCAGAAGAAUCCAGUCAUUACCCAAGAUUCUGGCUCCCAGAAGAUCUUAGGUUCUACUCUAUAUGGACGUUUCUUUAAAAGGCUAUAUAUCAUCCAACCCUCUGACCUCCACAAGAACACAUCAGUUCUCCAAAGUUCUUACAUUCAGAGGAGCUCAGCCUUUAUGCAUGAUUCUGGAGUCUAUAGGAAUCUAGAACGAAACCAAGAGACUGUACUCUAUAAAAGUCGAGGGCUGGUAGAUGCGUGGGCCAACACCAGGCCCUGCGGGGUCUCCGGAGCGCGGCAUGGGGGGGUUGGCGUAGCUGGGGCCCGUGGCCCUAUGUCUUCUGGCUGUGACGCCAGUCCUGCGCACGCUGUGGGGCCGCAGCCGCCGGGCGGUGGGUGCCCGAGGGGCCGGGAGGCGAGCCGGGGCCCCCAGGCGGGUUUGGGCAUCAUGUCCGCAGCCAGCGUCCCCGAGGCCGCGCUCGGGCCAUGA